UCACAGAAGAAGUUCAAGCCGAUAGCGGAAACCUACCGCAAGUUUACGCUAGCCAUGGUGAUGGGCAUGAUGUACCCCAACCCGCGCACCGAGCGGCGCCGGCUCAUCUACCUACUGAUAAUCAGCAUAUCGUUCUGGCCGGUGUACGUGAUGUGGUUCUACGACGUGUUCCACUGCCUGCAGCGGCUCGACGUGGACAACCUCACGCGCCAGCUCAGCCUCGGCGUGCCCAUCAUGUUCUGCCAGUUCAAGAUGUUCCUGGUGACGAUCCUGCGCAAGAAGAUGCAGAACCUGAUCGAGGAGAUCAACGCAGACUACGAGCGCUACAACUGCAUGGACGCCGGCUACCAGGCCAUAGUAAUGGAGAACCAGAAGUCGCUGCUGAAGCUGGAGAAGGUGUGGACCUACAUGGUGCUGGCCACCGUGGCCGCCUUCCCGCUGAUGGCGCUCUACCAGACCACGGAACACCACCUCUUCAAGGAGGGACAGAGGUUCAUGGUACAUGACGUGGACGUGCCCUGGCUGAAGGAGCAGCGCUUCGAGAGCCCCUACUUCGAGAUCCUGUUCGUGUACAUGGUCUACAUAGCGCUGGUGUUGGUCCUCUGCUACACGGCUUACGACGGGAUGUUCUUCCUGUGCAUCUUCCACGCGUGCCUGAAGAUGAAGAUCAUCAGCCACCAGCUGAUGGGCGCGCUGAGGGACCAUGACGAUGUGGAGCAGAUGAAGAGGAACAUUGCGGUGGUGGUUGAAGAUCAGUGCGAGACUUUUAGAUUUGUGGACCGAAUAAGGGAAGAGUAUGAAUUUUGGUUAGUCCAGGUAUUUGGCCUGACCGGGAUCCAGAUAUGUAUGAAUAUGUACCAGAUCAUCACUUCAGAUGGCUCCGACAUAGAUCCAAGAUACAUAAUUUUCUUUGUGGCAGCUAUUCUACACAUCUACGUUCCCUGUUUCCUGGUAUCUAAAUUAUCUGCAACAGCGGCGGAAGUGUCCAACAGCGCGUACUGCGCGGGCUGGGAGCAGCUGGCGGACAGCGGCGUGCGGCGCAGCAUCGCCAUCAUGAUUGCGCGCGCGCAGAUCCCGGUGCAGGUGCAGGCGCUCAACAUGGUCACGUUUAAUAUGGAGCUGUUUGUGUCCGUGAUGCAGACUUCGUACUCGGUGUUCACGUUGCUACGAUCGUAAACCACGCGUUAUGAGACCUCAAUAGAUAGUGUACAGGGAGGUGUUUUUUCAGUGAUACAUCCAAUGUAUAAAAACUACGUAACAAUGUCCACUAGAAUACAAAAAAUCACGUUUAGUAAAAAUUCUCUCGUAAAAUACAGGUAGCGUAAUUAUUACGUCACGUCAACAUUAGUUCGAUAUGGUUUCUGCGCAGUGGCAAUUUACGGGGCAGCAUCUCGAGUACAUUGAUUAGAUCAUUACUUUAGUUUAUUAGCUGUAUGGAUUAGACCCGAUCAAUGACAAAACUUUAUUUCUUUAUUCCUUCGUCAUUGAUUUUGGAUUAGACCAGAUCAUCGACAAAACUCUACCGUGUAUUGAGUCUAUGGUUAUUAUGUGUCCCACUUCCGUCACGUUUGCCUUGUCUAUGUCUAGGUCGCACGCUCGUGUCAAGCACGAACUUAACUUUACUAUCGGCACAUGUCGUGAGAACUUCCAGAAGUAUCCACUUCUGGCCAAUGAUCGCUUCUGUAACUGUGGUAAGUACCUACUUAUUGUAACUUUGUCAUAUCUUUUGCAAUAAACUACCGUUAUUUACUUAAGAA